AGAUCCACAUUCACUGCUCCUUCUGGUGCUUGGUGGGACGGUCUCUCAACAUGAAGUCCGAGCUUCUGCUGCUGAUUGCUGUGUCCCUGUGUGUGCACAGCAAGCCCUUGUCCGGCACAGCAAAGAGAACAUUUAACAAGCUGCUGCUAAUAUCAUUUGACGGUUUCAGAUGGAACUAUGAUGAAGAUGUGGACACACCAAAUAUGGAUGCGUUGGUAAAGGAAGGUGUGAAGGCAAAAUACAUCACGCCACCCAUGAUUACUAUGACAUCUCCCUCACACUUUACAACAAUUACUGGAAGAUGGAUAGAGGAUCAUGGAGUUGUUCAUAACAUGAUGUUUAAUUCCACAUCUCUUCUGAAAUUAACUCACAAAGCAACUCUGAAACGAUCAGAGUGGUGGGAUAAUGGCGCUCUGCCCUUAUGGAUAACAGCUCAGAACCAGGGUCUGAAAACUGCCUCUUUCUUCUAUCCCGGUGGUGGAGCGAAUUACAGUGGACAGGCUGUGGACAGAUCUCUUGUGCAGGCAUUUGACCACCCUGACGACAACGAAACAGAGUGGCGCCAGAACAUCGAUACGGUUAUGGACUGGUUCACCAAGGAAGACUUUGACUUUGUCACUCUUUACUAUGGAGAACCUGACAAUGUGGGCCACAUGGUGGGGCCAGAGACGAAUGAGAGAAGAAAAAUCAUUGCGCAGAUUGACCGCACAAUUGGGUAUCUGCGAGAGGCGAUCCAAAAGAACAGUCUAGCAAACAGUCUCAAUGUCAUCAUCACUUCAGAUCACGGCAUGACCACCAUUAAGAAGAACCCAGAUGUUAAAGAGAUCAAGCUCUCUGAAUACAUGAAUUUCCUGACAUUAACCCACUUUGACCUACUGGACUAUGGGGGAUUUGGCAUGAUAAGACCCAGAAAAGGCCAGGAGCAGGCCGUAUACGAUGCUCUGAAAAACGCUCAUCCAAACCUAACUGUCUACAAGAAAGAAGAGAUUCCUGAAAACUUUCACUUUGCGAAAAACAGUAGAAUCCAAGAUAUUGUUCUGAUUGGAGACUUGGGCUUUAAUUUGAAUUCGAGGUUCAUCUUCUAUGUGAACAAAGGAGACCACGGUUUCAGUAAUGAGGAAAUGGACAUGAAAACAAUAUUCAGAGCAUUUGGACCAGACUUCAAGAAAAAUUACUUAUCUGAGCCUUUCAACAGUAUCAGCAUCUACCCACUAAUGUGCAAACUGCUGGGUGUAAAGCCAGCCCCCAACAAUGGCAGCCUCAGUGAUACUGAAGGAAUGCUUGUGGAGAACUUUGAUGCUUCAACAACACCUCAGACCCCAAAUACAACACCAGCUGCAACAACCACGGGAGAAGGUGGAAGAAUACACAUUUCUGUCAGUCUUUUGACAAUAAUGACUCUCCUCUCAUCCCUCAUUUGACCUGUAUAUCAUGAUCACAUUUGGGUAAUAAGAGUUAAUGUUAGGUAGAUUGUGUUAUUAAAGUCUGUAACAGUUGCAACACAGGUGUUGUAAGUAGUUUAAUGGAAAUUAAGUGUGAUACAUAAUAUUGCUUGGUCAAAAGUUCAGUAAUGGUAAUCAUAUGAAAUCAAUGUUGCUGAUAUAUGACAAUAUUCUGUAAGCCAAUAAUGCACGAUGAAAGGACAACAUUUUACAAAACUAAUGUUGCAACUUAAAACUAUAUUUAAAGCUUAUAAAAAACAUGUAUGAAUCAUAUUUAUUCUAAAACAUGAGUAAACAGUGAGAAACUUG